UUCCUGGUACGGAAAAACAGCUGUUUUCUUCAUGUUCCGGCUGCACUGACCUUCACCGUUUCGGAUUUUUGUCCAGCAGGAACAUAGUCUUGUAGGAAACCGUGCGCAGGAAUAAAAUUUUUUCAUCAUAUAUUUGAAAAAUUUCAAACAAAAAUCGAAUAACCUUAUUCUUCAGAAAAAAUCUUGUUAUUCAACCCUCACCUGCGAAAAAAAUGUCAACUGACAACGAGAAGCAAAAAGAUGAAAUUGUUGCCCUAGAAAGCAUCUAUAACAAAGAAGAAUUUUCAUAUCACAAGGAGAACGAACAGUAUGAAUGUACCUUAAAAGCUUACGUAACUAUUCCUCCGGAGUAUUCCUUCACUUACAAAGACAGCAGAUUUCCUGAUGAGCCUGUACAAAGCGUACCGAUAUCUCAUUUACCCCCAUUGUCGUUAUUUAUUACACUGCCAUCUAAUUAUCCUUCAGAAUCUCCGCCGAAAUUUACCCUUGUCUCAUCAUGGUUAAGUCAAUACGCUAUUGCUAAAUUGUGUAAGAAAUUGGAUAAGUUGUGGGAAGAAAACAAAGGGCUUGAAAUCCUCUUUACAUGGAUGGCAUUCUUGAAAGAUGAAACGUUGGAAUUUUUAAACAUAGAAGCAAGCCUAGCAAUCGACUAUGGUUAUACUUGUUAUAAAAUGGCCCUAGAGAAGACUCAGAAUGCGGAAGAUACGAACAAAUUUAAAGAUGGUGAUGAAGAGAUGAAGAAAGAUUCGAAAAGCAAGGAAGUUAAGUGUAACCAAAUCCUGACAAAGCCAAGGGUUAGAAAAACAAUCAACGAAAAACAUCCUGCAAGAAGACGUGGGAGGAAACAGAAGACUAAAAAGUUCGCCGAUGAACGAGCUGUUUCAGACCAGUCAAUCAGUAGAAAUCCAGUGCAAAUGUUGAUCGAUUAUGACUCAAAACGCAAGCAAACUGAAUUCAAGAGAAACUUUUAUACAUGUAAAAUUUGUUUCUUAGAUAAAUUGGGUGAACAUUGUACACAAUUUGUACCCUGCUUUCAUGUCUUUUGUAAAGAAUGUAUUCUUACCUACUUGGAAAUUAGGAUUCAAGAUGGAAAUGUCAAGAAUAUUAGCUGUCCAGAAGAAAAAUGCUCGUCCGAAGCAACUCCAGGGCAAGUCAAGGAUUUAGUCAGUCAAGAAUUAUUUGCGAAAUACGACGCCACUCUGCUAAGCGUGACAUUAGACACAAUGACCGAUAUUGUUUAUUGUCCACGCCCUCAUUGUCAAUAUCCUGUUAGUCGCGAGCCAAAUGAUAGAAUGGCAAACUGUCCUGCUUGUCAGUACGCUUUUUGUAUUUAUUGCAAAAUGGUUUACCAUGGAAUCGAACCAUGCAAAUUCAAGUCAGCUGAAAAACAAAAACUUGUGACAGAGUAUCAAAACGCACCUGAUGAUAAGAAGAUCCAACUCGAACAGCGUUAUGGGAAGAAACAAUUACAAGCACUGGUUGAGAACACCAUGUCAGAAACUUGGAUAAACACGUAUAGCCGGAAUUGUCCGCACUGCAAUGCUGCAAUUGAGAAAUCCGAUGGUUGCAACAAGAUGGUAUGCUGGAGGUGCAAUACAUAUUUUUGUUGGCUGUGCGGAAUGCGUUUACGGGCAGAUACACCUUAUGUACAUUUCCGCAAUCCACAGUCCAAAUGCUACAACAUGCUUUUUCACGGUGUUGUUCAAGAAGAAGAUGAUGACGAAGAUGAUAUAGACUUACCUGCGUUGUAUCUAGAUGUUGACUCGAAUGAUGAAGACUCUGAUGAAGAUGCAUUCAUGGUUGGAGGCGAUUAGUAACUGUGUAGGCCAAAUUACUUUUACCGUAGAGAUGAUUUUGGGCUCAUUAUUUUUUUAAAAGCAAAUUGAAAACCAGUACAGCAACCAAUAGCUUACACAAUCAAAAAUUUUGGCAAAAUUUCGAAAGUGUAAUUAUGUGUAUAAUUACAUCACACCGUACUUUUAUGGCUUCUUUUAUUUGCGGAAGAUAUAAUGUAGCUAUGCAUGCAUGUAUAACUGUUUUGUUACAUUGGUCUUGUUUUUUUUUUACAUUCAUUGCUGGCCAAUGCAAAAUUGAGGAUUUUAAGUACCAACUGAGGAACUGAGGAUUAUCAUCAAAAGUUAUAUUUUGCGGGUUUCCUUUUUAUGGUUGGACUUUUCGGUUUAUGAAUGUUGCAGAGCUCAUCGAUUCUUGGUAAUUGGAGACUGAAAUGAUUUAAAAAUUUGUUUGCGCAAUUUUCGUCUUACAAGUUUCCUAGGCCACUGGGUUGUACGAUUUGUUCAAUUGUAGUUGUAACUUGCAGUUCUGAAUUGUUGUAUAACAGGGCUAUUUCGAACCGGUCAACCAAAAUCAUUUAUAUGGAAGCUAAAAAGUUGAAGUCUUUUGGCACCCUACGACAUGAUCAUACCUUUGUCAUCAUUCUCAACCUUAAUGAACCAAUGGCGGCCAUAUGUUAUAAAUUCAUCUGGUCUAUUCAUUCCAACAAAUUGAUCUAAUUGAUUCAUAAUUAAAUUAGAAGACGGUUCAUCUUCAUUUUCAUAGCUGUUCGGUGAGUCAACUACAUUAACUGGAUUUGGGAAAACAUUUUCAAUACUUUGAUCCAAAAUGUGAUGAAAUGAUGUGCAAUAUUUAAAAUCAUUCCGAUUAUAAAUUAAUUAGGACGUUAGCCCAUUCACGAAACUUUGGGAGGUAUCAGUACAUUUUGUAAAUUCCAUAUUAUCUGUAACAUGAUCCAGUAACCAGCUAAUGUGAAAGAAUGUAACUGCUUACUAGAUCAUUCUAUAAUUGACCCGUCAGUCAGACAGUCCUCUUCAAAUCUUAGAAAAUCACAGACUGCAAAUAGUGAUGAAACGAUAUGCGAUACAGUGAUCAUAAUAUCAAUGUACGUACCAUGUAUCGUUUGUUAGCUAUUUUCAGUCUGCGCAUCAUAUGCAACGUGCCUACAUGAUCGGUGCUUUGCGAUUCAUUUGGUUCACUGCUUGAUAAUUGAUGCACGUCUCCAUUUCCCCGUGAAUUGUGCAACUGCAGUGAAUUAGAUAAGUGGUAAAUUUACAAUAGGUAUGUAGUAACAAAUUAAAUACCACUGUGCGGUUAGAAAACAUUACGAGUUUAACAAGCAAUUCAGAUUUCUACAUGCUAGACAUGAAUAAAGUAAGAAACAAAUGAUAUGUUGAACAUUACUUAUACUGCAAAAAAUUAAUCUAUCCAUGCAUGGAUGUACAACUGUUUAGUUAAAUCAUUCUUGUUUUUUUUUUCUCCUAUAUUUAUUGUAGGUCAAUGCGAGAUUGAGGAUUUUUUAUUUUUUCACAAACUAUUAAUUCUGUUAGAUUAAAUGUAAAUAAUGCUGUUUUGGAUUCGAAUUUUGUCGUUGUUGAACAGUUUGUAAUUUAUUAAAUCUACGAUGAAAAUGUUAAUAUUUAUAUAAAAGUCAUAUUAAUCUUACGAAAUUGUAAGUAAUUAUCACAUUGUUACGAUUGUUGUAUUGUUCCUUAGAUACACGAAGUAUUCAGAGAAUACAGUGACCGUUUAUCUAUGCCUAAUAUGGCUUCUCAAUGGAUUCCAAAAUUCAAAAUCUGUAGCCAACUUAUGUGUACAUAAAAUAAUGUAGUUCAUACAUAUUAAUGAUAUUGAUUGGUGCGAUUGAAAAUGUAAAUUCUCCAAAUUGCCUAAUACAGACUCAAAUAUUUGUAUGAAAAUUUACCCUAGUUGUACUCUUUUUCUAAAUUUCAAUUAAAAUGUAUACACACCCCUGGAUUUAUAUGCUAAUAAAAUUUACGAUCUAACAUCUCA